GCUUUAGCCAAUUGGGGGCGGUGCUGCGCGGUGGGCGGCCUUUCGUUCAGCCAAUCGGACUGCGCGGUGCUGGAGAGGCCCAGGUGCUCGGGCCGGGAGUGGAGAAGUGGCCGAGCCCUAGUGUGGAGCCGCCUCAGCGGGAGAGGGGCUCGGCCCUGGAUAUGCCGGUCCGUACCGAGGCCAACAGCGCGGCCUCCGGAUACUCCUCUCUUAUUCCUCCUCCUCCCAUCAACACCCAGCAGCCCGGCGUGGCCACCACCCUCCUCUACAGCGGCUCCAAGUUCCGGGGCCACCAGAAGAGCAAAGGCAACUCGUACGAUGUGGAAGUUGUGCUUCAGCACGUGGACAUGGAGAACGCCUAUCUAUGCGGAUACUUGAAGAUAAAAGGCCUUACAGAGGAGUACCCAACCCUCACAACCUUCUUUGAAGGGGAGAUCAUUAGUAAGAAGCACCCAUUCCUGACCAGAAAGUGGGAUGCGGAUGAAGAUGUGGAUCGGAAACACUGGGGGAAGUUUCAGGCCUUCUAUCAGUAUGCGAAAACCUUCAAUUCCGACGAUUUCGACUACGACGAGCUGAAGGUCGGCGAUUACGUCUUCAUGAGGUGGAAGGAGCAGUUCUUGGUCCCAGACCACACCAUUAAAGAUAUCAGCGGGGCUUCCUUUGCUGGCUUCUAUUACAUCUGCUUCCAAAAAUCCGCAUCGUCCAUAGAGGGUUACUACUACCAUCGCAGCUCCGAAUGGUACCAGUCCCUGAACCUGACCCACGUCCCUGAACACAGCGCCCCCAUCUAUGAAUUCCGGUGACACAGGAGAUUUCCCAAGGAGGCCACAGGCAGAACUGGAGGAGGAGGGGGGACCGGAGACCCCCUGCUGCUGCUGCUUUCCUCUUCUGCCCCACGGACUCCGAGCCGAAUGUACACGAGUGCUUACGGAACGACUCGGGAGCCACCAGCCAUCUCGCUCUCCACACGCCGACGUUUUUAUUUUGUUUUUUUCCUUUUUUAAGUAAACGACACGCUCUGCUUUUUU